UUAGUCACGUGACACCACCCGUGCAAAGUAGGAAGUGUAGCAACUGAGCGUGCAUACUGUUUACACUUGCGAGCCGACACAGCAGAUGUUUACCGAGUCCAGGCGGAAUACAUCACAGUUUUAGCAAGAAUUCUGUUACCUUGGUUUGCCUUUUCGGCGAAAAUUUGUAUAAAGAAAGAAAUCAGCAGUAUCGUUAUUCUUCAGAUCAUAAGCUAAUAGGCUAAGCUAGCAAAUAUUCUUGACAAUGACAUUGCAAAGCAACCCAUUGACCCAUCUGCAAUCGAUACUUGCAGAACGCGUUUUGUCUGUGGCAUGACAGCAGCUGUGCAUGUUCUUUAAUAUUUUAUGCUGAAAGACAGUGAAGAUAUAUACAGUUAGCUAGCAAACAUAAAGCUACAGGAGUCAUGCUUGAAAGCUCUCCCUAACAAACUCCGUCUUCCCGAAUGAUAAGGGAAUAGAUGGACAUGCAGAUAGACCAAAGGUCCCAUGCGCCAUGGCUCCAUGUGAAGUUUAUUGGGACCACCACAUACCUGUGCCAAAGCUGGUUCCUGUGCAUGCUAAGCUGGGAGUGGCCCUACUAGCCCUCCUGUGCUUCCUAAACAGCUACGAUGGGGACUUUGUUUUUGAUGAUUCUGAAGCUAUAAUCAAUAACAAGGACUUGAAUCCAGACACUCCCCUGAACAACAUCUGGAGAAAUGACUUCUGGGGAAGUAAUUUGAGCAGCAACUCAAGCCACAAAUCCUACAGGCCUCUCACAGUCCUCACGUUCAGGCUAAACUACCUCGUGGCUGGAGGGCUGCACCCUGUGGGCUUCCAUGUACUGAACAUUGUCCUCCAUGCUGUCAUAUCUGCCCUGAUGAUUGACGUGUUUGACAUACUUAUCGGUGGGCUGGCCUAUGAUGGUGAGGGGAGGAGACUCUACCAGGCUCCUAAGACCUCUCUAUUGGCUGCUCUGCUCUUCGGCGUCCACCCUGUCCACACUGAGAGUGUGGCAGGGAUAGUGGGUCGAGCAGACCUUCUGUGCGCUCUGUUCUUCCAGCUCUCCUUCCUCACCUACUGCAAAGCCUUUCACAGAGGGGGAGACAGGGGGGAGAAGGUGUCUGUCCAAUGGAUCGCCUUCAGCCUCUCGCUGUGUGCUGCAGCCAUGCUCUGUAAGGAGCAAGGCAUCACUGUCCUGGGGGUGAAUGCAGCCUUUGAUGUGCUCCUCAUCUGCAAAGUCAAUGUGUUUGAGCUCAGCCAGAGGCUGCUGCUGAGAAGGAAGUCUGCAAGCGUGAGUUUCCCCAUCGCGUUCCUCUUCCCCUCCUCUUAUUCCUCACGCCUCUUCUUGCCCCUCCCCCCGUGCACCUCUUCCCCCUCCUCCUCUUUCUCAUCCUCUUCUUCCUCCACCUCUUCUCCCUCCUCCCUCUGCUACUCCUCCACCUCAUCCACUAUCGCAUCCUCCUCCGAUUUCCGAGGUCUCAAAAUUUUCAGAAGAAGUGGUGAAGCGGUGGGCGGUAUACUGCCGACGGGACUCCUGACUCGAUUGGCUCUCCUGGCCGUGGGAGGAGCCUUACUGCUUUACUCGCGCUGGAGGAUCAUGGGAACGGGGCCACCAGCGUUCACUGAAGUAGACAACCCAGCCUCCUUUGAAGAGAGUGUGUUUCUCAGAAUAGUGAACUAUAAUUACUACUACUCUCUCAAUGCCUGGCUGCUGCUCUGUCCCUGGUGGUUGUGUUUUGAUUGGUCCAUGGGCUGCGUGCCACUCAUUAAGUCAACCGCCGAUUGGAGGAUGGUGUGGCCUCUGCUGCUCUGGUGCGUCCUGAUAGGCUUGAUAAGCCAAGCCUUAUGCUCGCAGGACGGGCAGAAAAGGAGGACUUUGACCCUGGGCUUGGUGCUGAUGGGGGUGCCCUUCCUGCCUGCCUCCAAUGUCUUCUUCAGGGUGGGCUUUGUGAUCGCUGAGAGGGUCCUGUACCUGUCCUCCGCUGGCUACUGUCUGCUGCUGGCCUACGCCCUAGGGGCCUGCUGCCUUCACUGGAGAGCACUCAGGAAGCCGUUCCGAGGUUGUGUGCUGGCUCUGCUGUGUGUGCAUGUGGCUCGCUGUGCGCUGCGCAGUCACCAGUGGAGGUCUGAGGAAAGCCUCUUCACCAGCGCACUGUCUGUCUGCCCGCUCAACGCCAAGGUCCAUUACAACGUAGGGAAAAACCUGGCUGACAGGGGAAACAGCUCGGGUGCCAUAAAGUACUAUAGAGAAGCCGUCAGGCUCCACCCUACCUACGUCCAUGCCAUGAACAACCUGGGCAACAUCCUGAAGGAGAGGGAGCAGCUGGACGAGGCCGAGCGACUGCUGGCCAAGGCCGUCUCCAUACAACCGGACUUUGCCGCAGCCUGGAUGAACCUGGGUAUCGUUCAGAACAGCCUGGGGAAGUUCCAGGAGGCAGAGCAGAGCUACUGGAACGCCAUCCGUUUCCGGAGGAAGUACCCUGACUGCUACUACAACCUGGGACGCCUGUAUGCUGACCUAAACAGACACCUGGACGCUCUCAACGCUUGGAGGAACGCCACUGUGCUCAAACCUGACCACAGCCUGGCCUGGAACAACAUGAUCAUCCUUCUGGACAACACAGGCAACCUGGCCCAAGCUGAGAUGAUAGGCCGGGAGGCGCUGAAGCUCCUCCCUAACGACCACACCAUCAUGUUCUCAUUGGCCAACGUCCUUGGCAAAACCCAGAAGUACCAGGAGUCUGAGGGAUUCUUUCUCCAAGCUCUCCGGAUCAACCCAAAUGCUGCUAGUUGCCAUGGAAAUCUAGCGGUGUUGUACCAUCGCUGGGGCAGACUGGAGCAGGCUAAGAGGCACUAUGAGCUGUCUCUGAACCUGGACCAAAACGCUCCCGGCACCAGGGACAACUACAACAUGCUGCGACGCAAGCUGGACCAGCAGCAACGCACCGCACCAUGACCACAGCAAACUGGACCGCACCGUGACCACAGCAAACUGGACCACACCAUGACCACAGCAACUGGACCAUACCGUGACCACAGCAAACUGGCGAAUAGCAUUACCGCUGCUAAAUGGGCCACAUCGUAAUCACUGCCAACUCAAUCGGCUACAACAAGUCAAACCACAAAAUGGCCCGGCCGCAAUGGACCGCUCCAUGACCGCUUCAAACAAGAUACAAGGAAGACUGACCACAGACUGCCCAAACAGACUGCUCCCUGAGGAACAGAAACACUGCAAAGCAGAGCAGGUUGACGACCGCGACCACUGCGGAACGGCCCUGGUCACAUGCCUGGUCCUGGGGGCCAGAGCGGAGCUGACUCCACCACUGCAUGCUGCAACACACACACUUUUAUAUUCAUCCUUUUUUUUCAAUUUCAUUCCAACUUUGUACUACUUUCAUUAUUUAAAAAAAGGAAAUAAAGACCAUGAU